AUGAACGAUGACGGGCGAUGCAAGACGGACGGGUGCAAUUCGAGAGAGAAUGUUGGAUCGUUCUCCAGUUUCGAAUCCACUACGCGCCAUUGGCCCGUCGGGCCGCUUUGCACCCGAUCUUAUCGCGAUAAGACCCCUGCAGCCUACGGGGGAAGAGAAGGAAGAAAAAAAAAAGAUUUUGGACUGCUAGAGAGGAAAACCAGCGCCCCGCCGCCUCACAUUUUCCUCUUGAGCUCACAGUACUACUCCAUCGCCGUUGGCCGCACCCUUUCAACAACUCCCACCUCGUCCAGUCUUCGCGCCAAUACCGUCACAAUGGCGUCCGACGAGAUCAUCUGGCAAAUCAUCAACCAGCAGUUCUGCAGUUUCAAGCUUUCCACAACCAAGAAGCAGACGUUCUGCAGAAACGAGAACAAUGUCACGGGUCUCUGCAAUCGACAGUCGUGCCCUCUGGCCAACUCCCGCUAUGCCACCGUUCGUCGAGCCCCGAACAAGGACACGCUGUACCUGUACAUGAAGACGGUGGAGCGCGCGCACAUGCCCUCGAAGCUAUGGGAGCGCAUCAAGCUGCCCAACAACUACGCCAAGGCCCUCGAGAUGCUGGACGACAAGCUCAUCUACUGGCCCAAGUUCCUCAUCCACAAGUGCAAGCAGCGCCUCACGCGCUUGACGCAAGUCAACAUCCGCAUGCGGAAGAUCGCCGCCGAGGAGGAGCGCAUGGGUGAGAAGCUCGUGCCCAAGAUGGCGCCCAAGAUUCGGCGCCGCGAGGAGGCUAGAGAGCGCAAGGCAGAGGCCGCCGCGAAACUGGAGCGCACCAUUGAGCGCGAGCUUGUCGAGAGAUUACGCUCCGGUGCCUACGGCGACCAGCCCCUCAACGUCAGCGAGUCGAUCUGGAGAAGGGUUCUCAACUCGAUGGAGAAGGAGGGCGAGGGCAAGCGCGACAAGGACAUGGAUACGGGUGUCGAGUCGGACCAGGAGGCCGAAGAUGAGGACGAGGACGAGGAUGACCUGGAGAAGGAGGUCGAGUACGUUUCCGACAUUGAGGAGAGCGACGAGGAACUUGAGGACAUUGAGGACUGGCUCGAGAGCGAUGAGGACGCCGAAGACGAUGACGAGGAGGAAGAGGAGGACUCGGAGGACAGCGACGAGGAGGCGGCCCGCAAGGCUGGCGACAAGCGAAAACGCGGCCGCGCAGUGAAGAUGAACCAGAAGAGGCUCAAGCAGAAGAUGGAGGAGCGGCCCAAGAUCGCCGAGGAGUUGACCUGGUAG